ACCAAGAGGCAUACCAUUUCGCUCUAUGGAUGUGUUACUCAGAUUACUGUAACUUUGCUUUUAGGAGGAGCAGAAUGCCUUAUCCUGGCUACUAUGUCUUAUGACAGGUAUGUGGCCAUCUGCAAACCUUUGCAAUAUCCCAUCCUCUUGAGGAAAAGCAUCCUUCAUAUGAUGUCAAUGGCGGCCUGGUUUUGGUCCACUGUCCAGGCUCUAACUUGCUCUCUUUAUGUCCUGCCCCUUCCCUACUGCAGGUCCAAUGUGAUUAAGCAUUACAUGUGUGUUUAUCCAGCCCUCAUACAACUCUCUUGCUCGAAUAAUUCUGGUUUUAAAAAAGCAACCCACAUUGGAAAUUUCCUGGUACUUCUGAUUCCCAUCUCAGUCAUCUUCUCCUCCUACAUUGCUAUCCUUAUCCAGGUUUUGAGGGUACAAUCUUCUGAAAGGAGCCACAAGGCCUUGACAACCUGCCUGUCCCAUCUCUGUGUGGUGGGCUUCUUCUAUGGAGCAGCCAUUUCGACCUAUAUGACUUCAGCUUCCUCUUAUUCUGCUAUGAUUAAUACAGUGUUUACUACUAUUGUCCCUGCCGCCAUGAAUCCUUUCAUAUACAGCCUGAGGAAUCAAGAUGUCUUAUCUGCACUCAAGAAAUUAUUUGGAAAAUGCAAACAGUGUAAAGGUUGGUCUACCAAGAUAAAUUAG